AUGGCCGAAGUCUCGCACCUCGAGGCCGCCUUCGAGCGCAUCAACGUCAACGACGAAAACGACGAGCGGCUCGGCUCGACGACCUCCUACCACAAGGCCAAGCCUGCACCCUCGACCGCCGCAUCGUUAGCCGGCCUGGCGACCUCGGCCUCGGCAGCCAACCGCAUGAAAGUACCGCUGCAGAAGCUCGCCGCCGUCAACUCCACCAAGCUCGUCAACGCAAACGUCACAAAGGCCGCCGCCGCCGCCGCCGCCUCUGCACAGCCAGCGCGCCCCUCCGAGGGCCACCGCCGCACCCUCACCGACAGCGCCAUCUACACACAGCCCGCCGCCCCCAAGCAAUGGCACCUGGGCAUGUUCGAGAUCGGCAAGCCCCUCGGCAAGGGCAAGUUCGGUCGCGUCUACCUCGCCAAAGAGCGCACUUCGGGCUUCGUCUGCGCCCUCAAGGUCCUCCACAAGUCGGAGAUCCAGCAGGGCAAGGUCGAGAAGCAGGUUCGCCGCGAAAUCGAGAUCCAGUCGCACCUCGCCCACCCCAACGUCCUGCGCCUCUUCGGCCACUUCCACGACGCCAAGCGCAUCUUCCUGAUCCUCGAGUUUGCCGGCAAGGGCGAGCUGUACAAGCACCUGCGCCGCGAGCAGCGCUUCCCGGAGCCCAAGGCCGCCCAGUACGUCGCCCAGAUGGCUUCGGCGCUGAAAUACCUUCACAAGAAGCAUGUCAUGCACCGCGACAUCAAGCCUGAGAACAUCCUCGUGGGCGUGCACGGCGAGAUCAAAAUCUCGGAUUUUGGGUGGAGUGUGCAUGCGCCCAACAACCGCCGCAACACCAUGUGCGGAACCCUCGACUAUCUCCCCCCGGAGAUGCUCAAGGGCGCGUCCAAGGACAACUACUACACCGAAAAGGUCGAUCUGUGGAGCUUGGGUGUCUUGACGUACGAGUUUCUGGUGGGCGAGGCGCCGUUCGAGGACACGCAGGUCAUGACACAGCGCAAGAUUGUGCGCGGCGAGUACACGGUGCCUGGCUUCGUGAGUGCAGAGGCCAAGGAUCUGAUCAAGCAGCUACUCGUCCUGGACCCCGAGAAGCGCAUCUCCCUCGAGAACGUCGAAAGACAUCCGUGGAUCAUCAAGCACUGCAAGGGCUCGUCGAGAGCCUACGAGCGCACUUCUGGCGACAAGUUCAGGAAGAGCUCGGACUGA